AUGUCAAAAGACUUAAAUCCGUCUAAAAUCUAUGAUAAAUUAUUACCUGAAUUAGUUAAAAAGGAAAAUAUUAAAGAAUUUUUAUUUGAAAAAAUUUCAUCAAUGUGUCAUCCUUACUAUAAAUCAAGAGCAUUAUAUCAAUUAGCUGAAUUUUAUGAUGAAAAAAGUUAUGAACUUUUAAAUGAAUCUUUUACAUUAACAAAAAGUAUUCAAGAACCAAUUUUAAAGUUUCAAGUUUUAGAAAAGAUUUUUGACAUUGUUCACUAUAAGGAAGUGAAACAUAAAUUAUUCAUUCAGCUAAUAGUCGAUGAGUUAGUUUUAACUUUUGACAAUAUCAAGAAUCUUUAUGAUCGAAUUAUUGCAUCGAUAAGAUUAUCAUUCUAUGGUUCGGGAGAAUUUCGAAAAAGGUAUCUAACAAUUGCUAUCGAAACACUUAUUAAAAUGAAUGAAGAUGAUGAUAAAAUCAAAUUAAUUAUUAAAUUAAAAUCAUUAAUUAAUAUUUAUGAUGACCUUCGCAUCAACUUGAAUGAAAUUAUUGAUAGUCUUAAAAAUAAAACACAUUAUUAUUUUGUCAAUUCUUAUUAUGGAAGAAUAUUAUUCAAUGAAAAAUUACAUACUGAAAAGUUAGAAAAUGAUCAUGGUAAAAUGGAAAUUGAAGUUGAUUCCAAGUACAUUGAUCUUCAAGCUCUAUUCUUACUCUUCGGACAGUUAAAUGACACCAAGUUAGUAACUAAUAUGAUAGAGAGCUUAGACCAAUUAUGGAUUAAUCUUUUCCAAGAUACUAACAAUCAGUCAAAUAUUGAAAAGAUAUUAAAAAUUGGUUUAAAUACUGAAUUGUUUUUGACACCACAAGCAGCAAUUGUUAUCGAUGAAUUAGUACGAAAAGGCAAAGAAGAUAUAAUUUCAAUUCUUUUUCCAUAUAUUAUAAAACCAUCAAAUGAAGUAUUACCAACUGUUCAGAGAUGGUUUACUGAUUAUGAUAAUAAUCAAACUAAAAAAUUAGCAGCUCUUUUACUUGCAGAAGCAAAGCAUGUUUUUGAACCAGCAAUUGAUAUAAUUAUUGAUUUACUAAAUAGUGAUAAUGAUCAAAUGAGAUAUAGAGCUCAACGAAUUUUUCAACAUCCAGAACGAGAUGUUAAAGAACCGAGUAAGAGAAUAUCUGUAAUAGGAGAAAAAACAUUGAUAAAAAUUCUACAAAGUAUGUCGACAAAAGAAUAUGUUCCAAGAGUUCGAAUUUAUCUGAGUAGUUUCUUCUACGACUUACUUUGGGAUGAUCCUAAAGUAUUUCAGAACUUACACGAAACUAUAACAAAGCUAAAAGAGAGUAACUCUACUAGUGGACAAAGCAUAUUUUAUUUUAAUAAGAUAAAGUUUAUAAAUAAUAAUAUUUGGAAUUCAAUAAUGCGAUCAUUACAAUCACCGUCAUAUCCAUCAUAUGUGGAAGAACUAUUUCACUCAACAAUAGUAUUAACACAGAAUGCUCAAAUUACAGCAGAUAAUUGGAUCGACUUUGCAAGAGUACUGGCCGUUACAGAUACAAGCCAAUUUAAAGAAAAAUUGUAUUUUACAGGUCAAGAUGUAGACAUAAUGGAUUUUAUUCUUGAUAAAGUUUGUGAAUUAACAAACAUUAAUGAUGAAACAUAUUUUGAAAUUCUUGAAUCAAAAGUAAUUAGUGAAAUAAGUGUGAGAGUCGAAGAUCUUUCACAAAAUAAUUAUGGCCAAAUAAGCUAUAUAGGUCGUUGUAACUUUUAUGUCUCAACAAAUUUAAAUGAAAGAACAUUAAAUAUGCUAAAUAAUAUUUCAAUAAACAUUGUCAUAAUGGAAAAUUUAAUCAAAUGGUUGAUACAAAAAAUGGCAAGUUUUAAAAGUUUUGAUAAUACAAUGUUUUCUUUGAUGAUAAGUGAUUGUUUAUUAUCCCUGGUUUCUGCAUGUGUUCAAAAAGAAGAUUAUUUGUACCGAAAAAUAACAAACUCUCCAAAUUUUAAUAAAAAUCAUAUGAUCAAACUUUUGGAAAACAUGUUGAAUAAUCAUCCAUAUUUUCCUGCAAGAGGUAACGCUUUCAUAUUACUUUCAGCAAUGGAUCAGUCUGAUCAUAAAGUAAUCAUAAAUGCAAUGAAUACAUUACUGGAUGAAAAUCUUGUGAAAGAAUAUUCUAUAAUUGGUAUUCCUCUUAUACAUUUAUCACCAAAUGAAUUUAUUGAUGAUUUAUUAGAAUCUUUAAAAACUGAAAGUGCUAUAAAAGCUUAUGAAAUAUUAAAAAUUUUCACACAGUUUGCGUUAAAUGAAAAAAUAGAUGUAAAUAGUAAAUCAAAAAUAAUAAAUUAUUUAGUGGAAGAAAUUGGAGAAUUAAAAUCAAAGAAACCUGUUAGUUAUUAUUAUACAGAUGUAAAAAUUCCAUUUACAACAACAUUGGAAAAUGAAUUAUAUAAAUCAUGCAUAAAAAUACAAGGACUCUCUGGUAAAACACAAUACUCUAUUACUAUUGACGAAUUAAAAGAAUAA